AGAAAUAAACACAUUCAGUCCCUCUGCCACAAUGUUACUUCCUUAAUGAUCGAAUGCAACAGCCAUUUUAAGUACUUUUAAUCUUUUCAGUCACCGUACUUUUUAACUUUUUAGUAAUUUUUACUAUUAUUUUUUCACUUCAGAUGACGGUAAAUUGCAUUUGACCUUGGACUGGCAGCGUUUGGGAUUGCCCACAGAACUGAUUCACCACUUUCCUCCAAAAGCCUUCUGGUGCCAUGGUAGCCUUACAGGUCCAUUUCUUGCUGGUUCCAUCCCUCAUGAGCAUCCUGGGAGCAGCACAGUACGUGAUGCAGGAUGCAGCCCUGCUGAGCUACAUUGACCAGCGUUUUCUGUCUCUGGAGAGGAGGCUGGAGAAGUGCAGCCAAGACCUGCUGGAAUACGUGGAUGAGUUCAGGGAGCUCUCCAAGGCGGCGCUGGCCCGCCUGGCAAGGCUGAGCACCGACAAGGCUGAGCUCAAGGGGGAGGUGGAGAAUCUGCUCACGAGGGUCGAGCGCGCCCAGAGGGACAUCGACUAUUUCGGAUCCCUCACGGAUUCCAACGCCUGCGUGGAAGUGCACGAGGACCUGCUGAAACAGCAGCUGCUGGAAGAGGCAGAGGAGAAAAAGAGGCUUAAACUCAUGCUUAACGCAAGUUGUGACCACAUGCUUGCAGGUAUUAGGUCCCUGAAGGUGGUUAAGAAGACUGGAGGAAAGCACGGCUCUUGGAUGAAAGACCCCGGCAAAAAGCACGCCAAGAUUUAUUUAUUAAGCGGCUCUGUGAAUAACGUGGUUUUGGAAUUUGCAAAUAUCAUGGCUUUCAUGGAGAACAACCAGACUCUGAAGGCUCGCAGAGUGCCCUUGCCAGUGCCCUGGGAAGGUACUGGCCACGUCAUCUACCAGGGUUUCCUCUUCUACCACAGGCACGGCUCCUUGAACGAGAUUGUGAAGUUCCACCUCCAGAGAAGGAGCGUGGCUGACCAGAUGCUGCUGCCAGGGGCUGGGAGGAUUCCUGCCUACCAGCUCUCUCCGCACACAAAGAUAGACCUGGCUCUGGACGAGCAGGGGCUGUGGGCCCUCCACGCAGAGCCAGAGACCGGGGGGAACAUUGUCCUCACCAAAAUCAACCCCGUGGCCAUGGCGGUGGAGCACAGCUGGGACACGCCCUGCAGCAGCAGGGAUGCUGAGGCAGCUUUCAUGGCCUGCAACACCCUGCACGUGGUCUACAACUCUCCUUCUGGGGGCUCCUCCCGUAUCCAGUGCGUUUAUGAUGUUCUGGGGGCUCUGAAUGCUCACACAAACCCAGGACUGCAUUUCCCAAAACGCCAGGGUGGCCACUCCAGCGUGCACUACAAUCCUAAAGAGAAGCAGCUCUUCGCUUGGGGUGAUGGGUCCCAGAUCAUUUACAAACUUCACACAGAGAAGAAAGUUUAAAACAUUCAGCAGCUUUUCAAGCAGACCUAAAAGCCACCAGUCCCAGGUGAACACAGCCUUUUAUGUGUAUUAAAAUUGCAUUAUACCCAGCUGUUACAACUUUCAUUCAUUUUACGUAACUUAAGAUUUAUGUACCCCAGUAAUCUUAAAGCCCAAUAAAGAAUAUGUGAAGAC